AUGUUGAGGCUCUCGGUACUGCUUUUGGUCGCGACUGCGUCGGCGCAGAUACCAUCGCUGGGAUGGUGCCCUGACUAUCAGCCGAUGGCGAAUUUCAACGUGAACCGCUUCCUCGGCACCUGGUACGAAGCUGAGCGUUUCUUCACGGUCUCGGAACUUGGUUCCCGCUGUGUCACCACCAAGUAUGAAAGCACUCCCGAAGGAAGGAUCCUCGUCAACAAUGAGAUAACCAAUGCCUUAACCGGUAUGAAGCGUGUGAUGGGAGGUUCCCUGCAAAUGAUUGGAAGGGAAGGCGAGGGCCGUCUGAUCAUCAAGUACGCCACAUUGCCCAAUUCCUAUGACAACGAAUACAGCAUCCUCGACACUGAUUACGAGAACUUCGCCGUCAUGUGGUCUUGCAGCGGCAUUGGCCCUGUGCAUAUCCAAAACGCCUGGAUCCUGACCAGAGACAGACUCGCGCCACCACUCGUGAUGCAGUAUGCUUACUCCGUGCUAGACCGCUACCAUAUCUCACGGACAUUCUUCGUGAAGACCAACCAGGCUGACUGCAACGUUCUACCGAGCCCCGCGGCUGACCCCCUGAGCGUAAAAACUGAAGAUAUCAUUGACGCGAAGAGCGCCCCUGUUGCUAGCGCGGACAUAAUUGCCGUUGAAGAAAAAAUUGUACCUGUGGAGAAGAAGGAAGAGCCUAUCGCGGAAGUCCCACAAGAGCGUUCAGCGAUCCCCGAAAUAUCCGACGAGGCCAAACCUAUGGAAAUCCCGGAAAUGAUCCCCGAGAAGAAAGACGACAAGAAGAAAAUCGAAAAACCAGAAGAUAUGAAAAUUGAAAAACCCGAUAAAAUGGAAAUGAAGAAAGAAAUUCCCACGCAAAAAUCUCUAUAAGCGAUAACGCAUAAACUAAGGGCCACGGCUUUGUCGCAACUGGUAGUGGACAGGUCAGGACAAUUGCUGACAAAACCGUGGCGCUGAAUUAAACAACACCUUCACUAAAAAAAUGCGUUCCCUUGUCUGUUUGGUUUCGUAUCUAACUGUUGGGCUAAGAACCAAAUACUAAUGUCGGAAAUGAGAGGCUUGAAGAGAUAUUUUUUUUUGUAAACCAAUUAAUAUUGGAUAGGUAAGUAAAAGGUCA